UCGUGGAGAGCAGACGUGCGCUGCUGCCUCUGCGAAAUCCCCGCUCUCGGGCAGCUGUAUUAAACCAACACAUGGCCGACACACGGACACUCACACAAACACUCAAUCAGACACGCACACCUGUACACCCAGCGCGCGCGCAAAUCGCCGAAAUUAAAGCAAAGCGAAACGGAAAAUGCUUAAAUGUCCACGUGAAACGGUGCACAAAAUAAUCGAAUAACGAAAACAAAUCGAAUCAGUGAUAUUAAAGUGGAGUUCUUGUUUUUUUGAAAAAAAUCAAUGCCGUUAAUCGACGCACACGGAUACACACAUAAACGCACACGUGUGCUUCAGAAGCCAAAACACACCGAUACACCAAAACACACACACACAUACGUGCAUACAGAAGGCCUAACAAAGUGAAAGUAACGAAAUUAGCAGCACAAUUUUGAGACAACAACAAAAACAAGAAAAGAGUUUAGGGCUAAAAUAUAAGUAGAUAAAAAACAAGCGGCAACAGCAGCCGCCAACGCAAAAACAACCUGAGCAAGAUAAACACGCAAAACAAAGCGAACUGGGUCAGUGAGCGAAAAGGAGGAGAAGGAGACAGGAGUAGGACGUGGAGGAGGAGGAGAGGAGAAGGAGAAGGAGCGGCGAGGAGGAGCACGAAAAGUGGCCACAAUGUUGCAUGUGCUGCAGCCAAAGUGUAGCAUACUUAAUGCGGCAACGGCUGCGUCGCCCAAGCGGAAAUUAACUUUCGUGGUUUAAAGCGUUUUGGCAGACAAUAGACGAUGGCUCUGGGCAACAUCGGGAGCAGCAGCCAAAUAGGAAGAGGCCAUUACGGCUUUAAUCCCAGGAAAGGAGCAACAACAGCCACAUCAGCAGCAGCAACAAAUCUAAUUACAGAACAACAAUAAGGCCAGGACCUGGUGCCACCGAUGAUGAUGAUGAUGAUGAUGUUAGAAAACUUCCGUUUUGUUUGCCCGGGCGGAAAUGAGGCUCAAUAUGUCGCCCAGUCACAGGUUACCUUUCCAACUCUGUGAGCAGUGACCUCGAACGCAUAGAGCUAAAGGAAUCCCAGCCCCCCUCGAUUGCCUGAAAUUUAAUUAAAGCGCAAAAAACACGAAACGGACUCUUGCGAUAAGGGUCGAAACAAAAGAGCAGUUUCCCCCCAGGAGGAGGAGGUGGACGAGGCGGCGUGGGUGUGUCGGUGGGUUGGCCCAUAAAUCUAACCGCCCACCAGCCACCCGGCAACCAGGCAAUCCGGCAACCCGGCAGCAACCCAUGUUGCACGUUGCUGCAAUCGAGCUGGCCCACGUCCACUGGCCAAUUAGCUGCUGCAACAGCCGAGAGCGGCUAUCGUUUGGGCUCCAUUGAACGCGUACACCAGCCGAGCGCAGCUGCCUCUCUGAUGACUGCCGCCAAAAGACGUGCGAGCAGCAGCAACAGCAGCGGCAGCAGCAACACUAGCGGCAGCAGUAAUGGCAACGAGCAGCACUCCCAGCAGCAACAUCUGCAGCUGCAGCAGCAGCAGCAGCAACAGCAGCAUGCCCAGCCAAACGAGUACCAACAGUUGCUGCAGCAUCCCCACCAUCACUACCAGCAACACUACAACAGCAACAGCAACAGCAGCAACACGCAGCAAUACCACCAGAGACAGCAGCAACAUCAGGCGACAUUGCGCGACUGCUCCGUCAAAUUGCCGCUGGAUAUCCUAUGGCUACCGAAAUCGGCAAUGCGGCCGGCGGGUCCUGAUACCUCGCCCACGGACUGCAUCCUGGUGGUGGGCGUUUCCCGUCCAAAAUUGGCCGUCGUCUUCCUUACGGUCAUGUUGAUCUCGCUGUUCCUCACCUUCCACGUUCUGUACGAUAGUGCCGUGUACAAUAUCCAAGCGGCCCAGGCUGUCCACGAAAGGCAUCGUCUAUCUAUGACCGCCUCCGCAUCGGCUCUGGCAUCCUCCUCCUCAUCGUCGUCCAGUUCCGGCGGCUCCUUCUCCUUCUCCUCCUCCGCCGGUGGCGCCUCCAAUCAUCUGCCCGUGUUCGUAAAGCCCGUGCCCAGCUCCAAUCAGCUCAGCCAUCCCAUGGUCUUUCCCUCCAGCCGUGUGCACUUUCCAAAAACCAGUCGACGGUUGCCGCAGGCACUCAUCAUCGGUGUGCGAAAGUGUGGAACACGGGCGUUGCUGGAGAUGCUCUACCUGCAUCCGCGGAUCCAGAAGGCCGGCGGCGAGGUGCACUUCUUCGACCGGGACGAGAACUACCUGAAGGGUCUGGAGUGGUACCGCAAGAAGAUGCCACACUCGUUCCGUGGCCAGAUAACCAUCGAGAAGAGUCCCAGCUACUUUGUGUCGCCAGAGGUGCCGGAACGCGUGCGGGCCAUGAAUGCGAGCAUCAAGCUGCUCCUGAUUGUACGGGAGCCGGUGACCCGGGCCAUUUCGGACUACACGCAGCUGCGUAGCCAUGCGGCCACCGCCAUUCUGCCGUUGGCCGAGAAGGAUCCACCAAGUCCGAAGGAGAGUUCUGGCAGUGGGGCAGGUGGUGGUGCUGGUGGUGGUGGGGGAAGCGGGACCGCAGCUGCCAAGAUGCCAACACAAUCACUGCUGUAUGCCAAACUGCAGUCGGCCCGUGGCUAUGACAAUGCCCUGUUGGGUGGCAGUGGGGCGGGCGCCAAGGAGACCAAAGGCAAAACGGUAUCUUCGUCUUUGGUCAGGAGACAGGCGUUGGGCAGUGGCGGUGGUGUCGCUGGAGCUGCGAUGACCACGACUACAAUGUCGCCAAUGGCGAGCGCCGCCCAAAUGGCAGCCAAGUCCUUUGAGGAGCUGGCCAUAUUUCCCAAUGGCACCGUUAACGAGGCUUAUCGACCGCUCAGCAUCUCCAUGUACCAUGUCCACCUCCAUCGCUGGCUGGAGGUCUUUCCGCGGGAGCAGCUGCUGGUGGUCAAUGGGGAUCGCCUCAUCGAAGAUCCGGUUUCUCAGCUUAAACGCAUCGAGGCUUUCUUGGGCAUUGAACAUCGUGUGAAUAGCGAGCACUUCUACUUCAACGAGACCAAGGGCUUCUACUGUCUGCGCUACGACAACGGGGAUCGCUGCCUCCGAGAGACGAAGGGCAGGAAGCAUCCGCAUGUGGAUCCCGUGGUGGUCUCCAGAUUGCGAAAGUUCUUCGCCGAGUACAAUCAGCGAUUCUACGAGCUGGUCGGCGAGGAUCUCGGCUGGCCGGAGGAGUAAUCUCAUCGCGGCCAAAUUGGCUGGCAAAUGGAGAGCUCUUCGCUGGCCUGGCUGCCCAUAAAUCUGCUGUUGGUCAAACGUUUGGGUCACAGUGCAUCCAAUUUAAUUACAGGCAAGAGCGGCUGAUGGAAAAAAACGAGCAAAGUUAUCCAGGACUUUCAUUUGCCCUUUUCCGUUGCAUACUUUUGCGGGAGGCGGAGCGCAGUAUUUCCGCCUGGCCGAGUCGAGCUACUCUGACAGUUCAAUUAUGUGCGCGUAUUGAAAAAUUGCAUUCCUAUUUUCCCGGGCCAGCCCCACCACCCACCAUCCCACUGCGAUCCCCAUCACAAUCACCAUCACCACAUGCAAAUUUGCCUUUGCAGGAGCAAAGAACAAGCGAAGGAACAAGGAUCCGCAUAUACAAAAUAUAUAGUAAAAUAAACUGCACGCAUUUUGCUGUGCAGCAGGCCAUGAAAAUGUGUGUGCAUGAAUGGGGCAUACAUGUCGUGUAUAUAUAUAUACAUAUAGUAUAUAUAUAGCGAAAUGAAAAGCAAUAUCUACAUGAUGUUCGAAGGUUACACGUUUUCUACGUCUGCUUGUGUUCUACAUACUCAUUCUCUCUCCUCGUGCGUGCGUGCGUGUGUGUGAGUGAAUCGGAGUGUUCGAGGGGAUAAAAAUUAAUUAAGCAACUAAAUGUGAUUUUAUAGCAUGUAAGCAUAGGACAAAUUGAAAAUGAUUGCGAUUGCUGCUUGUGGAUAUAUGCUGAUUAUGGGUGGGAGGGAGAGAGUGAGAGAUAUGGAAAUGAGGAGUGAAGUGGCAAUUAAAAAUGUAUUUAGACUAACAGUCGGCUGAAUUAAAUGUGUGCGUACAGAAACAUGAACAAAACUAAACAUAUCACAUUUAUCAUAGCAUAGUAUAGUUUAAUCUAGUAUAGUUUAUACACAACAUAAAUACAUAUCAGGGGUACUCGAGGUCCUCAAGCAACUUGAAUACUGAAAAUGAUUGAACUAAUGCAAUUGGUGCGUAUGUUACAUAUCAAAAGCUAAACCAACCAUGAAAUCGAAACAUAUCAGCUGCAAACGUCGGCAAAUAUACAAAAAAAGUAAAUAUACAAGCAAAUAUAUAUAUAUACAUAUAUAUUAUAUACAAACGUAUCGUAGACAGUAAGUCGAGCAUCAAAUUUGUUGUAAAUGACUUUGAUUUUGACCUAGUUUGUAGUGCGCGAUGUGUCACGGAAUCGUCAUAGACAAACUUCUAGUUGAAUAUAGCCGUAUUCUAGGUUAAUAUCGCACUGCCUAAACCAAAAAAUAGUUAUGUCUGUUUAGAUAAUUAUACUGCACCCACUUAGUGAUAGGUUUAUCAAAGAUAGUUUUUUAAUGCAUUUUUAAGCCAGAUUAUUUUAUAUUCCUAAAGAGAGAAAAGCAUAUCAAUUACGGCGACUCUACCUAUAGUUACACAUAAUAUAUACAUAUAUAUAUAUACAUACACUUACCAGCUGUUUGGCUAACGUUUAAACAUUUCAUAUGCAUAUCAAACUCAAUGUGAAAAACUCAACCUAGGCUAAUACUUUCCGUGACGAUCCAUCCAAUUUCGGUUUACACCAACUUAUACACACUCUUUCAUGGAGAUAUGUGUACGUAUUAAUACCCCUUUGGUUCGAGUACCAGUUCAUAGGGAUCUUCAGCACAGAACUCGACUAGCGCUUAAACAAUACUAAACAGAAAAUAGACUAUGGAAUGUAUAAAUCUUGUUUUUACAGUGUAUCUCCUUAUAUACAUCCAAUGCUGAUCUCCUAACGACAAUGGAACCACGAAAGGAAUGAAACAAACCAAGCAAUAUAAAUUCAAAGCAAGACUGAAGGUCCUCCGCAGAAUGUUUUAUUCUCCUACAUUUUUUUUUAAGUCAGUCACUGAGUUGUUUUGAAUUCUGUAAACCAACCGAAAGCAAAUGUAGUAGCAAAGACAACGAACAUUUCUAAUUUGUUUAUAUUUUUAUACAGAUGCGAAAAGUACAUUAACCGAAGUCCAGGAAAGAUAACUGAAAUGGAACCAAUUUCCGUUUAAAAAUAUAUUAUAGUAAUGCGAAAUUAUAUAUUAAUAUACUCAAAGAGCAAUUUGUAGUCACAUUUUGUCCUCUAACUUGAACUAAGCCAAUUGCAUACGAAAUACAUAUCAAAAGUUUAACUCAACUCUAGAUCCUCCAUUGAUAUUGAUAUAUUGAUAUUAUUGAUGUAUUGUCUACUUAAAUUGAACGUGCAAAACUCAAACUAUAAUGUACCUUAAAAAUCAACUCUCUAUUUCUUUAACUUUAACUUAAACUCUAAUGAUAACUCAACUCUUACAACUUAUUCAAACUUUCAAUGUACAUACAUAUACAAAAUAUUCAAAAAUUAAAAAAAAAAACACACAAAAAUAAACCAACUAAUAACGAAACAAAAUCGUAUAGAAAUUCAACAAAUUGUAAGAAAACCAACAAGAAUCAACAUUUUAUGCUAUGGAAAAUUUUACGCAUGCAAUAAAUAAAUGUAAUUCGAAA